CUCUUUCUCUCUCUCUCUCUCUCUCUCUCUCUCUCUCUCCUCUGGGAGAAUCUCUAUUCUCUACGACGCCAAGCUUUCUGGCCACAACACGUAUCGGACCACUCGUAUCGUACUCCGUCUCUACGGGCUCUCUCCGCGCGCUUUCCCCGUCUGCGAUCCUCCGCGAUCGAUCAAUGCAGGUGCGUUUCGGUUCUAUUCGACAGUGAGGCGGCGGUGCAAUUCGCGUUGUCGGGGGGGUCUCGGUUCGAAUUUAGGGAGUUCGUGGACAAAACCCUAGGUUCUUGCUCGAACUAGGGUUUUGGGAUUCGCGAAGCAGUAGGGUUCUGAGUUUUGGCGCGGGUUGGGAAGCUGUCUGUUGAAGUGAUGUUCUUGCUGCAUGUUGCUGCAACAAAUAUAGUUGAUCGGGAUACUGAAAAAUCUGAUGAGGUAGAUUUUGGGAAAACUGUGUGGAUAUGAGUUGUUACAGACUACUUACUCUUGGAUUUGAGUAAUGGCAGGAAACACGAGAUUUGAGUUGACUUCUGGUAGCCCAGAAGAAUCAGGUUUUGUGGGAAAUUACCCAAAUGGACAGAGGGGAAAUUAUCCUGGUCCCAAUUUGGAUAGGUCUGGAAGCUUUCGAGAGGGUGGUGAGAACAGAAUGUUUGGUUCUGGGACCGGCAUUUCCCGGGGGAGUUCUUUACUGACAGGGGAUUUGCCCUCGCUUUCACAAUGUUUGAUGUUGGAGCCAAUUACCAUGGUGGAUCAGAAAUACACCAGGUCAGGUGAGCUAAGGCGCGCACUUGGGAUUUCUUUUGGGAGUACUGCUGAAAACAACUCUUUUGGAGCUGCACACUCUAAGCCUACCCCUCCUGUUGCCACGGAAGAAAUUAAACGGAUCAGAACAAGUGUUGCGGAUACUUGUUCCAAGGCCAAGGUUAGAGUAAAAAGGUUUGAUGAAUCCUUAGGCAAAUUAAGCAAGCUUUGUGAUGCUAUGGCCACCAAGAAGCAGCAACGAAAUGAUAUGGCAGCAAGUGAACGAAAUGGAGGAUCUAACUUGUUGAAGAUUGGAAACCAGAUUCAUCGAAAUUCUCCAGAUAUUGGCAAUCAAAGAGUGGAAGACAGGACUAAGAAUGUUGGUCUGAAUAAGCGUCUCCGCACAUCAAUGGCGGAAGCACGGAUUCAGGCGGAAGGUCGGAGCAAUGGUCUCUCAAGGCCACCUUCAGUUAUGGGGAAAGACAACAGAGAUACACUCAAGGACAGCAAUGCUUGUUCUGAUCCGGUUGAAGAAAAGAUUCGCAGAUUGCCUGCUGGAGGGGAAGGAUGGGACAAAAAAAUGAAAAGGAAACGCUCUGUAGGUGCUGGUUCUACGAGACCCAUUGAUGGUGAUGGAGAACUUAAACGAGCUAUGCACCAUAAGAUUAGCAAUGAACCUGGCUUGCAAUCCAUUGAUCCCCACAGUUUCAGAUCGGGGUCUUACAACAAUACUAGUGGAAUUAAUAAGAUGGAUGGUAAUUCCUUGCCUGCUGGUUCAAAUAACCGUACAGCACCCAAAAAUGAUUUGGAAAAGGUCUGCCUUUCAAGGGAUCCAACAACUGGAUUAAACAAGGAAAGGCAUAUAGUGAAAGCAAACAAUAAGUCAAACAUUCGCGAGGACAAUCAUGUAACUAGUCCUGGUUCAGUAAUGAAAGGAAAGGCUUCAAGAGCACCACGAACUGGCCCUGUAAUGGCAGCAAACUCGUCUCCUAAUUUUCCCCGUGCAACUGGAGCACUUGAAGGUUGGGAACAGCCUCAAAACGUAAACAAAGUUCAUUCAGUGGGUGGGACUAGCAAUCGCAAGCGUCCUAUGCCUACAAGAUCCUCCUCUCCACCUAUGGCUCAAUGGGUUGGUCAGAGACCACAAAAGAUAUCUCGUACUAGGAGAGCAAAUUUGGUGUCACCUGUCUCAAACCAUGAUGAACUACAGAUGUCAUCUGAAGGGUGUCCACCAACUGAUUUUGGUGCUAGAAUAACUUCUAAUGUGACCAAUGGGUCACAUCUUGCAAAGAGUGUGGCUAAUGGCACCCAACAAUUUAAGGUGAAACUUGAAAAUGUUUCAUCUCCAGCGAGAUUAUCUGAAAGUGAAGAAUCUGGUGCUGGAGAGAACAGGCUGAAGGAAAAAGGAAUGGGUAAUUGUGAAGGAGAGGAAAGAGCUGCAAAUGCUGUUCAAAAUGUGGGACCUGUAUUGGCCUCGCAGAAAAAUAAAACACUAAGCAAGGAAGAAACUGGGGAUGGUGUGCGAAGACAAGGACGGACUGGAAGGGGCUCAUCAUUUUCUAGGGCUAGCAUUUCACCAAUGAGGGAGAAGUUGGAGACUCCAGCCACAAUGAAACCACUUCGAAGCACAAGACCCAGUACUGAUAAGAAUGGAAGUAAGUCAGGCCGUCCUCCUUUGAAAAAGCUGUCUGAUCGUAAGGCCUUUAGUCGUCAUGGGCAUCCACCAAAUAAUGGAUCUCCAGAUUUCACAGGAGAAUCGGAUGACGAUCGCGAAGAACUCUUAGCUGCUGCAAAAUAUGCUUCUAGUGCUAGAUAUGCUGCAUGUUCUGGUCCUUUCUGGAAGAAAAUGGAACCAUAUUUUGCUUCUUGCAUGGAGGACAUAUCUUUUUUGAAGCAACAGCUGAAAAUUGCAGAGGAGCUUCCUAAAGGCCAAUCCAAGAUUUUUGGGCAUGACAGUAACACUUUGUGUGAUCCUGCACGUGAGGAAAUUUCUCCAUCUCAAACUUUAAUUUCUGGAGAAAGCUUAUCGAAUCAAGUUGGGUCUGCAAUGUCUUUGGAUUUGGUUGAUCAACUGCAGGAUAUUGAUUUAUGUGGUAGAUUAGACUCAGAAAGCUGCGACUUCAAUGCUCCUCUGUAUCAGAGAGUAUUGUCCGCUCUGAUUGUAGAAGAUGAAAUUGAAGGAUUUGAAGAAAUUAAUAUGGGAAGAAAUGGGUUGUCUCAAUGCUCUAGAGAUGACUCUGCUUGUGGUAUGUGUCUUCAUAAUGCUGUAGAACCUGGAAAGAGGGACAAGAUGGAGUUUGAGUAUGACUCUAUUUUGGGCCAGGCGGAUCAGAAGCAAUGUACUGUUGACAGAUUUUCUUGUAAUGGGGUUACUGGGUUAAAUAAAAGCCAAAGCAUUUGCAGUCCUUCAUGUUAUGAUGAACUGUUGCAAGGGGAACAGGGUUUUGUUCAUUCAGACAUCAGGGUAUUCAAUGAAUAUUCUCAGAAUGGUUUAAAUGAUGUACAUGCCAACAUUUCUGGCGGCUCUCCAUUUGAUUGCCAAUAUGAGCAGAUGCCUCUGGAUGAAAAGAUCUUGCUAGAGCUACAAAGUAUCGGCCUAUAUCCAGAGACAGUGCCCGAUCUGGCUGAGGGAGACGAUGAGGUGAUUAACCAGGAGAUUGUUAAACUAAAGAAGAAGCUGUUACAAGAGAUGGGUAAAAAGAAGGCACACUUAAUUAAAUUAUUUCGGACCAUUCAGGAAGAGAAGGAGGUGGAAGAACGGGACCUUGAGCAGGUUGCGAUGGACAGACUUCUUGAGUUGGCUUGCAAAAAGCUAUUGGCCACUCGAGGAAGUAAUGCUUCUAAAAGUGGGAUCAGUAAGGUCUCAAGACAUGUUGCAUUGGGUUUUGUCAAGAGGACUCUUGCUAGGUGUAAAAAAUUUGAAGAGUCUGGCAAAAGUUGCUUUAGUGAGCUGCCCCUUCGGGAUCUCCUUUUUUCUGCUCCUCCCAGGGCCAAUGAUGCAGAAUCUUUGAAUUGUGUUGGCUUAGCAGUUGCUACUGAUCUGCGUCCUGUAACACUGAAGUCUCAACGAGAGCUCAGGACCUCAGGUCCCCUUUUCUCUGGUGCAGACAGGCAUGAUCUUCAUAAUGAUCAAACUGACAGGGGUUCAUUAGAUGCAUUUGAGAGUCUUGCCAGCCCAUCUGACCAGGUUUUUGCCAAAAAUGGGCCCAUAUCUAACAGGGGGAAAAAGAAGGAAGUCCUUCUUGAUGAUGUUGGUGCCAGUGCUGCCUUGAGGACCACAUCAGCUCUUGGUAGCACGCUAUCCGGUGGAGCUAAGGGAAAGAGAAGUGAAAGAGAUAGGGAUAAGGAUAUGCUAACCAGAAAUUCUGUUGCCAAAGCUGGCCGUCCCACAGUUGGUAACUUUAGAGGUGAGCGUAAAACAAAAUCAAAACCCAAGCAGCAGAAGACAGCUCAGCUAUCAACUUCAGGAAAUGGAUUUGCUAGCCGGUUUACUGAGACAGCGCAUUCCGUGCAUCCUUCUGCUAGUGGUUCCAGUGAAUCAUUUACUAAUAGUAGCAAUAAAAAACACGAAAUUGGAUUGACAUCCCCUGGUAACAUUCCCCAGGAUUCAUCUAAGGAGAUCAAGGAACCCGUGGACUUCGCAAACUUGCAGCUGCAUGAAUUGGACUCAAUAGAAGAACUAGGUGUAAGCAAUGACCUUAGUGGGCAUCAAGAUCUCAGUUCUUGGUUGAAUUUUGACGAGGAUGGUUUGCAAGACCAUGAUUCAAUGGGCCUAGAAAUACCUAUGGAUGACUUAUCUGAGUUAAAUAUGCUUAUGUAAAGACAGUAGACUGUACAUUCAUGAGCUGUUUAGAUGUGAAUGAUAGUGCUGUUUUGGAGAGGGGGGGGGGGACAAUCAGCUUAUGUUUUGGGCAAAUUUGAACGUGUAAUUAUGGCCAUUCUUUUUGUAUACUUUAAAGCUUUAAAGAAGUCAUUGAAGAAUCAUUUUGAUC